UUCACUGCAAAUACGGUGUAGAUCUGUUCCGUUGUCAAUCAUCAACCCAUCAAGUUUACUAAUUAAGGUCUUCGUGAAUCUCCUCAAUCGUAUACAGCCUUCAGAAUUGCUAGCUCUGAGACCAUCAAACUUACCAUCAAAUCGCCUUACGACUUACCAAGAAGCGGUUCAUCAUCCAUCAUGGCAUCUCUCGUGCUGCUCCUGCUCUCGCCUCUGGCUCUCGCCCAGACCACAACCAUUCAGCUGCCCUUAUUUGGCUAUGACGCGCAGGCAAUCGACGCGUCUGUCAUCGGAGUCACCAGCCAACUCACCACAUUCUCCCUCGCCUGCCCGAUCGGUGCAGACUCGAACGAAUGCGGUCUUUUCCCUAAACAGACCCUGACCUUUGGCCCAAGCAAAUACUUGAUGGACAUCAAUCUGUCCGACGAGUUCACGGGCAUCCAGAGCUGCGCCAUCACGAGCACCGCUCCCGUGUCCGGAAGACCUCCGGUGACCGCCCUCUGCUCCGAGUCCAUGGGCGGCUCCGGCGCCAACUUUCCCGGCUCGUCUACCACGACGUAUACUGAUGGGACUUUCUUCCCGGUCCGAGUCACUGCGGGCGCAUCGCUUCUCGCGGCACAGACGGGCGCGGCCGCCACGACAACCUCAUCCGGGCCGACCGCGUCGAACACGGGCACGGCUGCGACUGGCACUACCGGCUCACCUACUGGCUCGGCCGCGGCGCCAGCGAACACGAACAUGGCGGGCGCGUUGGGCGCAGAGGUAUUUGGAGGUGCCAUCGGCGCAGCUGUCGGUGUGGCCGGACUUCUCUUCAUUUAAACAAUCUUCUUGCAUGUUUCUGGUUUGAGAAGCAUCCCUUGAUGCACGACGGCACGCUCGAAAGAUGAGCAGCCAGAUUCGACGAC